AUGGCGGUGCAGCGCGCCGGCACACUCCCAGAAGGUGUGAUUCCGCUUCGGAUAUCAUCGUUGUCGAAAAGCACCACUAUGCGAAUUCCUCUACGACCCAUCAACACCGACUUUGUUACGUGGCCGGCCCCAGAUGGAUGGUACGCUCCUCCACAGGCUUCAUUGAACGAAGAGGAGGAGCCCUUCCCAGAUUUUCAAGACCCAUCAAAAUCUCUCAUCAUCGAAAGGACUCUACUUCUGGACGCCCUGUCUUCUCGUCUGACCAUGCUUCCACGUCAAGCCAGAGAACAGGAGCGCUCAACGUUCGAAGCUCUCUUGUCUCGCAUUGCCCCACAGUCUGGUCACAUCAAACAUGACCAUGACCUGUCGCGAAACAGGCCUUCCAUCCAAGACGUUCUCGCCUCUGGUGAGAGCAACCGUGCACGAAGAGCACUUGGCAACAAAGGCAAGUUACCUGCGAGCAGCGGACUAAAGACUAAUUACAUUUCGAACAGCUAUGUAUCGCAGCCGAAAGAUGCCUUGAAGGAGAAAAUGAAAGAACGCUACACAAGAGGGGUCAAGCAGGCCUUGGCCUACGAAAAGGAAUUCGGCAUGGAAUUUCUCAAGCAGCCGGUGGAUGAACGUGAGCAAGAGCAAGGCCGAACUAUGAAGCGGACCCAUCCUGGCGCAUUCAAUCGAGCGAAGGUGAUCACUGCACUUACGAUGCUCCGUCAGACUUUCCCAGAUCAUUACCAGGCUACUCCUCUCGAACAAUCGAAGAUCAAGGAGACAUCAGAGAAGAAGAAGUCGAAGAAAAUUCCCGCCGUGGAAGAGGUAAGUCAACGAGAGCUUUCUCACAGUAAGCGAGUGACCUCAAGUGGCAUUGAUACUGAGGAAUACUCUGGAUCUUCCAAAUACACAGAUUCCUUUGCAUCGGUCAAGAGGAUGGCUUCGUCUCUCUUUCGAGGUCUGGUGGGCAAAGUUCACUUUGGACGAUCCACAAAUGAGAAAAGCACUUCCCCAGGUCGUUCACCUCUCAAUUUAGACAGCACCAAGGUGGACACAGUCGGCGGUUGCGUGGUUGACAUCGACAGUUUGCCAUUUUGGUUGGAGAUGAACGAUAUGGUUGGAAGGCAGGGCGAACAGGCUGAAUCUGUUGCUCCAGGAUCUGCUGUGUCCACAAGAAGGAGUAACCCUACAAUGAAGGAGUUCGUGAUUGACGCAGGAAUCGUCCUUCCGGAGGAAAGUGACGUCUCAACUACAGGAGUCCCUGACGACGACACAGCUGGUGCGAUCCCCACCCGAUUGCAGCGACCCGCCCUCCGCCCACGUAUAAUUCAACUCAAGGUGAGGAGCAGCAUGUCUAAGCACAUGCGACGACAGAAGUCUGCGACUUCCCGCCGUCGGCAUGUCAGGAUGGAGGCUCAACACCAUCAAACUCUCCACGAAAGCAAGGGCAAACUACUUAGUAUGAUGAAUAGGCUGGAUCGACAAAUAUUUGGUGAGUAUGAAGUUCGAUGA